AUGGAGUCAUCAAAGACGCACCCAGUCUCCAACAAUUUAGCGUUCUCCUCAAUAUUUCUCUCCCUUGUUGUCUGCUCUGUGACACUGGUUCGCGUCGAGUUCGAACUUCACGCUCAUCGACAGAUGUCUCAAGUCUUGAGUCACCAGCGAAUGGAUAAUUUUGGACCUCGUAAAACUGUUCACGAUGAACCGAUUUCGUCCUUACACAGCAGUGACGCGGGUGAAGGUAAGAAAAUGGGUGAAUGCUGAGACAAAGCGCCCACAGUGCAUGACCCAGGAUAUAUAACGUUAAAUUUUCACGAAGUUAUUUCUAACAUGUACGAAAACAACUCAAACAUGUACAGUCGAACUUCUAUCACGCGGGCAGUCUUGGGGAAGCGGCAUUGUGACUGUGUCUAGGGCCAGAGCGUGACCCCUUAAUAUCUGUGUUAUCCGAUAAUGCAACCAUCAUACAGGCGUCCCGUCUCCAACACUCUGGUGUUUUCAUCAAUCGUUUUUUCUUUUGCUCUUUGUUUGGUGGCACUGGUACACGUCGAGUUCGAGCUUUACGCUCAUCGAAGAAUGCUUCAAUUUUUGAGCCAACAGGGAGAAGAAAAUAUAUACUCAUUAGGCAAAUAAACCGAUUGCUUCCGCGCUGAGUUGUGAGAGUUUCGAAAACUGAAUGACUUAUGGGUCCUUGUAUUUGAGUUGAGGCCUUUCAUCAAAGAAUCAAACAUUCUAACAAAGUGCGCCGUAGAAUCAAAAACUGGGAGGUUUUUUUAUUUGGUUCCGGGUAGAGAACUCAAACGUUAACUGCUUUAUCAAGGAAAGACUUUCUUGAAUAUCGGUUUCAGUAAAAGAUUGUUGUGGCGUUGUAUUUAAAAGUCUUCCGUUCCAUUCCCAUACAUACACGUAGUUUUAAAAGAUGCUCUUCAAUAUAAUGUUAUGUGUGCUAAGAAUUUCAUUUUCCUUCGAAUUCGUUAAUUGUUCGUAAGUUUUUAGCCUUCAAUACAGGCGUCUUCGGAGGAGGGGUGAAGAGGUGUGCAAGCACUAAAAUUUCGUUGGUUUGUAAGCUGAGUAUCACGCUUUCCUUAGGUGUUAGUUGAGAGGAAAUUUUGAAGCAAAUGAGGAGAAGGAGUCUGACUGGUGUCUCCCCUUUACCUUUCCGGGGAAAAGGGAAAGGAAAAACACCCUUACAAAACCAAUGUAUUUUAAAACUGAUUCUAAUUCUGAACACUAUUUUUUUAAGCCACCUUCCUGUAAUUUAAUGCUGUUUUACAUAAACGUUUAAAAUUUCGCCAAUGUUUGAAAUAGAUCUUAAGUGUAGUUAAAUUGUAUUAUUUUUAUUAAAAGGAGAAGCUCUCUUAUCAAUUUACAAUGUAUUUUGUUUAAUAAAUAUGAUUAAAAUAGGGUAUUUAAAAUUUAUUUUGUGCAAAGAAUUACUAACAUUGUCACUUGAACAGAGUUCAAAUAUACUAUUUCAAAUCUGUUGUAAGACCUUCAAUGCUGACCGUAUUUUAAGUACCUUUAAAUAGCGUAGUUAUCAAAACACAGUUUUGAGCUGUAUCUAAAAUGUAUUUUGAGACACAUCCACUAAGAGUAUCACAAACAGAGUUAAAAUAGACCAUUUGAAAUCAGUUUUAAGGCGUCAAAUAAUGACCAUAUCUUAAAUACUUUUGAAUAGGGUACUUAAACACUGUUUUAUUUGAAUUGUAUUUUGAAGACUUAGGAACGCCCCCCCCCCCUCCCCCCAUCUUUCUUUCUAUCCCUUCGCACCAGCUCUCCUCGAUAAUUCACUGAUACCCAAGGUAAAAGCCAAUAGGCGUUCUCUGCUCGGUCAAUCCUGGACUUUGCCAUAGGCUGUAAUCUAACGCCCAGGAACGAGAUAUAGGCUGCCAUGAAAAGUAAGCAAGUAAGCAAGCGUCUAGCAACGGACAGUUUCCUGCUUUUGAAACUUGAUCAAAGACUUUUCGCCACUUUUGAAUGUCGUCUUCAAUCCGUCUUGUAAAGUGACCAAUAAUCUGAGUAUUUCGAUAUUAUUUAAUUGAAAAACAAAACAACAUGGAUACUCAAUCAAGGAUGGAAAAACAACACAUAACAGUUUGUUAACAACCAGUAGCCAGAGAACGAGAAAGACCGAAGGCAGAUCGAGUCUCAAUUCGUGUCAAAUUGUUGUCAAAGGUAAAAUUUUCUAUACCGAUGGAUAAAAGCAGCUGGCUGCUUUUAGAGUCAAAUCCAUAGAGACUGUCGUGCAUUAUAAAGGUUGUCAUUUUGUUACGCGGUUGGUGUUGGCUAUAGUGCUACUAUGAAAAAAUUACAACUUGUAACACAAAGUUUUCUUUCGGUUGCAGAAACACAAGUCGCCAGAAGCGAAACUCGGAAAAUCGAAUCAAGAAUUCGAACGCCAGUGUAAUCAUCACUCGUGAGGACUUCAAUAGAGAAGUUCAGCUGGCCUUGAAUAGAUUGCUCUGCAAGACGCAUUCUCCAAAGGGAAUUAGAGGAAAACGAGGAAGGCCUGGUCUCCCAGGCAAACAUGGACCAGCCGGGCCCCAGGUACCACAGGGACCAAGAGGAACUCGAGGAGAUAAAGGGCCGCCUGGACCUAAAGGCGUUGAGGGCCCUAAAGGACCCAAGGGCGAUCCUAGUGAAUCCAUCUCAGCUCCUUGUAUUGUUGUACCUCCGGUCUCCAUAGUGGUAAACGAAACUGGUAUAGCAUCACUGCAGUGUAAGGUCAAAGGAAAUCCAACACCUCGGGUAACGUGGCAAAAGCAAAAUUCCAGUCUUCCCGUAGGUAAAAGGAUCGUGCAAACAAGCGGUAGACUGAUGAUUCAAGAUGUGGCACCUAGGGAUGGCGGAGUGUAUACGUGCAAAGCAAGUAACAUUCUUGGCGUGGCGACAUCAUCGGCCAAGUUAACUGUCCAAGGUGAUAAUUUGAGGUGGGGUGAGGGGGGAAUGUUUGGGGGACAAUCCAAUGCUUUAUUGAGGGCAAUAUUAAAAAUUUUUGCUUAUCAUACCAGCCAAAUUGCUUGCUGUUAUCCCACGCUGUGGCGUUACGGAUAUUCGAGCCAAACCGCAAAUUGUAGCAACUUUACCAAUUUAAAAGCUCGACAAAACUUCCUGCGUAAUGUUCUUACUGCCAAACUGCCAACACAUAAUGUUGUCCAUGUACUGGUGUUAUGGAGAGCUACCUCUUAUCUACUACGUAACGUUUUAGUCAUAAGGAUAGUGCAGAUGCUCGUCGCCGCUUUAGGAGCCGACCAUUGGAAAAGUUAUGGCGCAGGUGAGAAGAUUUUGAGCUGCAUGAAUACGAUGGAAUCUCUAUUGAGGAGACAUCCUUCGGACCGAGGCAAGCGUUCCUUGAAUAGAGGUGUCCCCCGAAUGGAGGUUGGGCUAGAGCUGGUGAAUAAUUAACCCGCUAAGAAAACAUACAGGAAUCAUCAUUAACUUAUCCCUGCGGCAUUACAUGUUGGCCGACGAGGUGCUUACCCAGGUUCCUAUCACAUCAAUUCAAAUAACAUUAAUUUACCAUUAAUUGCUUGCAUUUUUCACAACCUAGAAUGUAUGCCGAUGACACCAGCCUAACCUAUGCCAGCGCAGAUUUAAAACUCAUAAAUGACUGCGUUAACGACGAUUUAAACAAGGUGUAUAUAUGGCUAUCGGCUAACAAGCUGACCCUUAACUUGACUAAAACUCAGUUUAUGUUAGUUGGGUCGAGGAAGAAGCUAUCAAAGCUUUCUGAAACUCCUUCUUUUAUGAUAAACGACCAUCCCGUGAUGCAAGUGUCAACGGCAAAAUCUCUUGGAGUGCAUAUUGACCAAAACUGAAGCUGGGAAUGCCACAUACAGAGUAUUUGUAAAAAGAUUGCUUCUGCUUUGGGUGCAAUUAAAAGAAUACGACAUCUUAUUCCUUUUAAUGUAUUAAUUAAUGUUUACGACAGUUUAAUUCAACCGCAUUUUGAUUACUGUAAUGUCGUAUGGAGCAACUGCGGCAUUGGUCUUUCCGAUGAGCUGCAGAGGCUCCAAAAUCGAGCAGCCCGUAUUCUAAUGUCUGCUAAUUCUGAUUGUAAUGUGGACGAUUUGUUCCUGGCACUGGGUUGGCGUAAGCUUAAACACCAAAGACAAGUAUCGACGGCUAUUAUGAUGUAUAAAACCGUACAUGGGAUGACUCCCGACUAUCUAACAUCUAAAUUUGUAUCUCGUGACGAAAUAACUUCUUAUCGAUUGAGGAAUACUGAAAAUAAAUUAGUCCUUCCACUGCCCCGUACCAAUUAUUUAAAGAAACGUUUCUCCUAUAGCGGAGCUAAGCUGUGGAACAGCCUAUCCCAUGAUUUAAGAGCCAUUAUCUGAGAAAAUCGAGAAUCGCACGACACUCGUCAAAAAAUCGAAUUUUUUAUUAUUUUGCCAAAACAUCCCUUUUAGUGACCUAAUUUGAGGAAAAAUAGUUUUGGGUUCAAACGAUUUAUUUUAAAGGAGAAAUUAGGAAAAGUUUGGAAAAUCGAUUUUAUGCUCGUUUUUCGCACAAAACACGGCAGGAUGCAAUGGCAACUUCGAGAGAAGGGUGAACGCGUAAGAAACAUUCCCUGACAUUGAAACUUCACCGAAUUAUUAUUUUGUUCUUACUCUUGAAAAUCCUAAAAGAAAAUUUGAUAAACAAUGCUUUACAUUUUUAUAAUCGACAAGUGUAAAGAGGUCAUAUUUGUGACGUUAGACGUGCUAGAAAAUGAAGGCCAACUUUGACUAUUAAAAAAGGCCUCUGGUAUAUGCCACUUGAUCAUAAAAUCAAUACAAAAUGGAACCUUGGGUUUUGUACUAACUUACUGGAAAGUUUUAGCUCUGGAAAUCAAAUACCAUCCUGACACCAAAGCAAGCGGUGAGAGCAGUUGAAUUGGGAAAUUUAUGCAAAUUAGACGGCUUGCGGACGGUUGUCAAACUAAAAGAAAGGAUUUACAUGAAAGGAUUACUCACCAUUGCUUGUAACACGUUUUUACGGCAAGGAAAGUUAUUUCCAACUUCUGUUGCGUCGUUUUGAGUCACAAAAUAUAUAAUUUUUAGCCAAAAGACAAACGUACGUCUGCUCAGCAACUGCGUCCGAAUCCGGCCGUGAUUCGAAAUAAAGUCACAACACGUCGAAGCAAGAGUUACAAGAGUUUUUACUUCAGUCAGGAGGCAAAAGGAAUAAAAAUUCAUCGCAAACUAAUGACUUCGAUUUUGAAAACCUUUCAUCACUUCAAUCGUUCGUCGGCUGAUAAUAAACAUCGCACAAGAUCGUAUGACCUUUGGCGUGUGACCGGAAAUUGGUCACACGCUUUAGUCACGUCAGCAUGCUGUCACGAAAUUUUCGUAGCUGUUGUCAGCAAUUUUAAUACAGUUUUCACAUUUUCUGACAAGAAAUCCUCUCAUCGCAGUAGAAACAGCCAUGCAUAUUUAUUUUUCUUUUAUUUACCUACUAGGCUUUGAAACAGCUUUUUUGCCUUCGAAGCACUAAACAGGAGGGGUACCUCGGAUUCCAAGUGUCUUGAGUGAUCUGUGGAAGCGAAAAUUAAGACCAAAAAAGAACGAAUAUUUUGAAUACUUAAGUAAAGCCACAGCUAAAAAAAAUUUGUUCAAAAUAUUUUCAAACCAAGAAAAAAACAUACUUCGAUCAUCCCCGUGACUUGGAAUCUGGCCAGAGUACCCCCUCCCCCUCCCCUCCUCCCCUAUGCCGGAUCAAAAUACUAAGUUCCCCCGGCCCAAUUUCCCAUAGUCAAGGGAGUAUACUCUCUUGCUGUAGUAAAGAACUUGCAGAAUAAUACCAAUUCUCCGCGGUCAACGGAUUCAACGCUAUAGUUUACUUUGGUUUUGCUUGUUGAUUUUUUCGCUAUUUGCUCACGAUCAGGAGCCUAUAACCCCAACCACGACCAAAUUAUGAAACCUGUUAUUACCAGAAAAAAAAACACAAAGAAACAGUCAGUCAGAUAGACAGUACAUAAUAAAAAAGACCUCCAUUAAGAUUAGAAAAAUCAAUACAUGACACUGUCGAAUACGAAAACCCAGAAACCAUUUUGUGGAAAAAAGGUUCGCAUACAGCUAUCAGCUGCUUUUGUCCACACCUCGCCGGUAGAGGUGCGCGGAAACUAGUGAUUGUGAAAUGGCUUCAAACUAUGAUCCUAUACUGUUGGAAUAUUACUUAUCACAGAAAGCUACACCUGAUUUCUUCUAGCAGACCCAAUCCUCUUGGUUCGUGUGGACAAAGUAGCUCAUCCCGGCUAUUUGCACCAUGCUACCAUAGUCUCCCUAGAUUCCCAAGCCUCGCACGCAGUCUUUCCUGUCCCACGAACGUUGGGUAGGAUUGUAGGACGAGCCAAAAGAAAGUGAAAGCUAUAGGCUCGAUGAUGCAAGGAAGGUCGAGUAUUAUAUUCCCCUAUCCUGGUCGCCAAGGGUAAGUCUGCGGAGGAGAGUGACUGAGAGGCUGUAUGUUUGAAAAGUUGACUAACGCCCCCGGGACUAACGCUUUCCCCUGGAUAAAUCUAUAUCCAAUAAGUAACGCAAUUGCUUCUUCUUAUUCGCUUGAGAGUGAUUUCCGGUGGGUAGCGCUAUCCAACGUUUGAACAACAGGGCCCUAAGAAUUGUGUUUCGCCUUGCACUAAAAACCCAUAAACCUUAUAAAUUUCACUAUGGGACUUCAGCACCUCCCUUGAAUGAUCCAUUUCGCUAAACGGGACCUCAAAACAACGAUAACAACGAUACUGUGUAUCCUAAGGGAGUGUAUACUAUACUUUCCUGGCUCUCGUCACUCACAGUGAGGUGAUGGUGGCUUAUACUAUAAUAGACCUAUCACAGUCGAACCUUCAUGUGCGACCGCCAAGGCCAAAAGACCAAAUUUUCCCAGUCAAAGCCUUACAGUUGGAACCCCCAGUAAACGACCACCUUCUGUAAGUGACUGCGACCACUUUUUGGGCGUCAAGGUUAAUUGUUUUCCAUAAGCGACCAGUUGACGCAUUCUCUGCUCUUCGUUUUUGCUGUGUGCACUAUGUUCCUUAGAAAAUAUGAAGACCUUUAGUGACAUCGUGGAACUACACAUAUCCUAACUUAGUAGAUGUAGCCAACAAAGCGAAGGUUCUGUUGUGAUUCUAGACUAUUCUACAUCUCACUCACCUGAAUCCCUCUUUAAAUUUAGCAUGAUUUAAAAGCUGUAUUUGUCAAAAGAGGUAAAAGAUAAUAUUUUGCCAGGAAUUUGUUACACCGCCAUUUAAUAGAAUGUGCCUGGACCUCUUCUCGGAAUAGACCCCAUGUGGUCCGAUUCUUCUAAACGACCACCUCCCGUUAGGGACCACUAAGUCUUUGCAUUUUUGGUGGUCGCUUACUGGAGGUACGACUGUAUUACUUUGACCUAUCAGAGGCUUACCGAUAAUAAAGGGGAUCUGGAAGGGGGCAUGGAUGCGACAAUCACAUGCCAGGUCGCUUACUUAAAAUAGUGGACAUCUAACUGACAAUCAAAGUUUGUGCUUAUUAUUGGGGUUAUCUGGUGUUUACUCACCUCCCAAGCUACCCUGGGCGAGCCAACUUUUCCUCCAUUUCCUUACAAAACUUGGUAAACCAUUUACAUGAGAAACAAAAGGUUGGUUCGGAUAGACGCCUUACUACCAGUAGUGGGCGGGGUUGAGGGCUUCCGGAAGUCAGCCCUCCACUGAGCCGGUAGUGGUGGCCUUACCCUUCUAGCCCGGCUAAUAUUUCUCCACUUUGGCUCGCCCAGCUAGCUGGGACAACACGGUCAAGGCUAGACAAAGACAGCAUACGCAAGCACUGUUGACUCGGACAAAGUGUUCAGUUUUUUCCUCAUAUAAACGCUCGCAAAAGUUGGCUCGGCUGGGAGGUUGACCUUCUCUCCUGCACAGCUUUUCUCCAUCCAUGGGUUCCAAACAGUCUUUUAGCAGUCACGUUUGAAAUUUAUAGGAAAAUGAUGUAGCACUUCAAAAAAUAAUAAUAAAAAAAUACUUUGUUUUCACAGCCUGUCAAUACCUAGAAGGUGUCUAUAAAAGUAAUCAACUGCAGAACAGGAGUCAAUUUCAGUUUUUUGCGCUUUUCACGCUAGCACUGCGAAGCGGACUGGGGCGCGAGACACGCGCGAUGCAUGGGGAACAAGUUCUGCAGGCUAUAAAAGAAAUUUGAAAAAAAAAAAACAAAUAAAGCAGGCCUGAUUUUAUUUCGAUGAGUCUAUUUUUUGUCGCAAGCAAACGUGAAAAAUCGUAUUAAAAUUCGUGACAGUAUACUAACGUGACUUAGGCGUGUGACCGAUUUCCGGUCACACGCCAAAGGUCAUACGAUCUUGUGCGAUGUUUAUUAUCAGCCGACGAACGAUUGAAGUGAUGAAAGGUUUUCAAAAUCGAUUCAUUAGUUUGCGAUGAAUUUUCAAUCUUUUGGCCUCCUGACUGAAGUAAAAACUCUUGUAACUCUUGCUUCUAAAGGACCGCAGUGACGUGUUGUGACUUUAUUUCGAUUCACGGCCGGAUUCUGGCGCAGUCGCUCAGCAAACGUACGUUUGUCUUUUUGACCUUUUGGCUUAAAAUUAUGGAUUUUGUGACCCAAAACGACGCAACAGAAGUUGGAAAUAACUUUCCUUGCCGUAAAAACGUGUUACAAGCAAUGGUGAGUAAUCCUUUCAUGUAAAACCUUUCUUUUAGUUUGGCAUAAGUGAUCAUUCUCUUGUUUUUUUGUCACGUAAGACUCAAUACUGCCGUAUUGGCCCUCGCGUGAUUGAAACACGGCAAUUUAAACACUUUAACAGAGGAAAAUUCUUAAGUGACCUCAAUCAACUACCUUGGGCCAAUGUUCAUUUGUAUUCUGAUCCCAAUGAAAUGUGGCAUGUAUGGAAAGAAAUGUUUCUUGGCUGCGUCGAUAAACACGCACCACUUAAAUCCAAAAGAAUUCGGAAAAAACGAUCUCCAUGGAUUACUAGAGAGUUACUGAGCAAAAUCCGAAAACGAGAUUUCCUUAAAAAGAAGGCAAUCUCCUCCAAUAACCCGGCUAUAUGGGAUCAAUUUAGGUGUGCAAGAAAUCAGGCAAAUAACGCAAUUAAACUCGCAAAAAAACUCUAUGUUUCUGACAACCUGGAAGCCAACAAAGGUAAUUUGCGCAAAACAUGGAAUGUUAUCAACGAGCUAACUUCACGUAACAGUGGUAAGUCAACAAAUAUUUUGGAGAUCAAGGUAGAUGAUAAAAUAGCAAGUAACCCUUUGGACAUUGCGGAAACUAUUAACGAUCACUUUACAAACGUUGCGCAAGUAUUAGCACAAGAUAUUCCUGUUGUCGAUGUUAAUCCUGAGUCUUAUUUAAAGCCCACUGAUCAUUCGUUUUCUCUGCAAAUUCCGAGUGUUGAUAUUGUUUCUAACGUUUUGUCGAAAAUUGAUGAAAAGAAAGCCACCGGUCUUGAUAUGAUUCCGAGUAAAUUGUUGAAAAUGGCUGCUAAUAUCGUCGCACCCUCUCUUACCUCAAUAUUCUCAAAGUCUAUUCUCACUGGGAUAUAUCCAAACGAUUGGAAAACAGCCAAAGUGACUCCACUUUUUAAAAAGGGCAUUAAAUCGGACCCUAACAACUACAGGCCGAUAUCUGUAAUCCCUAUAGUUUCGAAAGUUUUUGAAAGAAUUGUUUAUAAUCAACUUUUCCAUUAUCUAGAUGAUAAUAAAUUGCUACUAGGUUGCCAAUCAGGGUUCCGUUCUCUACAUAGUACGCUCACGGCUUUGCUUGAGGCAACAAAUGCUUGGUCAGUAAACAUCGACAAUGGCCUUCUAAAUGGCGUUGUCUUUAUUGACCUUACUAAGGCAUUCGACACCAUUGAUCAUGAGAUCAUCUUGCGUAAGAUGUCGUACUUGGGUGUCGAUCAGGCAGCUAUAAAAUGGUUCUCGUCGUACUUAAGUGGCCGAACCCAAAGAUGUAAUGUCAGUGGCAAACUAUCAUCUGCUCGUACCCUCAGUUGCGGCGUGCCGCAGGGUAGCAUAUUGGGUCCUUUGCUAUUUUUAAUUUACAUUAAUGAUCUUCCCAACUCCUGCGGGGCGCCGUACCAAGAAUGUUUGCCGACGACACCAACCUUACGUUAUCUGCUAAGACUUUAACAGAGCUUAAGCUAGCUCUAACCCCUGAAUUAAAUAACCUUAGCUGUUGGCUGAAAGCUAACAAGCUCAGUCUAAAUGUUGCUAAAACAGAGCUAAUGAUUAUUGGAUCAAGACAAAGACUAUCUGCCCAAUGUGACGAUGUAGAAAUCAGAAUUGAUGACCAAAUUAUUAAGAGAGUCGAUCAUACCAAAUCCUUGGGUCUUACCAUAGAUGCUCAACUCUCUUGGGGUAAACACGUUGAAGAGAUUUGCAAGAAAGUCUCUUCAGCUAUAGGCGCCCUAAAACGUGUGCGGCCCUUUAUAUCCAAAGAAACUGCAAUUCAAAUUUAUAACGCUUUAAUUAUGCCUCAUUUUGAUUACUGCAGCCCCGUCUGGGACUGUUUGAGUGGUUACUUGAGUGAUAAGCUCCAAAAAUUACAGAAUCGUGCAGCCAGAGUUAUUACUAAAUCACCCUUUGAUGCGAGCUCAAACCACCUUCUCUCCACCCUCAGCUGGGAGAGGCUAUCUCUUCGACGAAAGAAACAAAAAGCCGUAAUGAUGUAUAAAACCAUGAAUGACCUUGCUCCAGAAUAUCUGCAAAGUCUUUUCUCUCAGCGUCACUCUGCUUACAACUUAAGAAACUCUGAGGGAAGGCUGACCUUGUCCAAACCAAGCACCAAUUAUUUGAAACGAAGCUUCUCUUACAGCGGGGCCAUGUUAUGGAAUAACUUGCCCAAAAACUUAAAAAACGCUGCAUCCGUUGAGCAUUUUAAGCGAAAUAUCAAGAAGGUAGCUGAUAUAUCGGAUUCCCACACGGCAAUCAUGUAAAGCAGUUGUAAUUAGUUUUAGUUUUUAACUUAAGCUUAACUGAUGAUUUCCCGUGUUUAAAUAAAGAUUUACAUACAUACAUACAUACAACCGUCCGCAAGCUGUCUAAUUUGCAUAAAUUUCCCAAUUCAAUUGCUCUCACCGCUUGCUUUGGUGUCAGGAUGGUAUUUGAUUUCCAGAGCUAAAACUUUCCAGUAAGUUAGUACAAAAGCCAAGGUUCCAUUUUAUAUUGAUUUUAUGAUCAAGCGGCAUAUACCAGAGGCCUUUUUUAAUUGUCAAAGUUGGCCUUUGUUUUCUAGCAUGUCUAACGUCACAAAUAUGACCUCUUUAGACUUGUCGAUUAUAAAAAUAUAAGACAUUGUUUUUCAAAUUUUCUUUUAAGGUUUUUAAGAGUAAGAACAAAAUAAUAAUUCGGUGAAGUUUCAGUGUCAGGGAAUGUUUCUUAUGCGUUCACCCUUCUCUCGAAGUUGCCAUUGCAUCCUGCCGUGUUUUGUUCGAAAAACAGGAAUAAAAUCGAUUUUUCAAACUUUUUUAAAUUUCUCCUUUAAAAUAAAUCGUUUGAACCCAAAACUAUUUUUCCUUAAAUUAGGUCACUAAAAGGGAUGUUUUGGCAAAAUAAUAAAAAAUUCGAUUUUUUUGGCGAGUGUCUUGCGAUUCUCGAUUUUCUCAGGAAAUGGCUCUUAAGAUCUGCAGAUUCUUUACAUGAUUUUAAACGCAAACUGUGUCGCAACAGUUUUGAAUGAGAUCAUACAUUAAUACAGUUUUACACGGCAUCCUUGAAAAGCAGCUUUUAUUUGUAAAUAGCUAGGUAGUUAAAAUUUAAUGAAUAUGUUUUUAAUCAGAGUUAGUUUAGUUAGGUAUAAUAGAUCUUAGAUUUUUUGUACAUGCUGAAGGAAUUUUAACCGUGUUUAAAUAAAGUUAUCUAUCUAUCUAUCUAUCUAUCUAUCUAUCUAUCUAUCUAUCUAUCUAUCUAUCUAUCUAUCUAUCUAUCUAUCUAUCUAUCUAGUGAGAUAGUUAAGUUUGUGAAUCAAAGCUUCCACAUUGGUCAUUAGUGCAAACUUUAAAAUGUCAACACUCUUUGUGGUCAGUCAGGUUUUGGGUGCUAAGGUGUCCUCUGAAUGGAGGUUAAACUUGGGCUUCGGGACCCAGAAAAUGUGUCCCUUUUCCCUGAAUGGAGGUGUCCCUUUAAUACAGGUAACAGAUACAAAGAUUAUAUGGGUGUUUUUCCGGGACCAAAGUUUGUGUCCCCUGAAUGGAGGUGUGCCAGAGGAGAGAGGUUCCACUAUAUUUUUUCAUUAGAAUAUCGAUCCCUUAUUUCUUUGGUAAAUUUUCCCUUGUAUGAAUAAAUUUUUCUGUACUUCGCUCCCCUCCCACCUUUUUAUAACUUUUCUAAUGGUCCGUUCCUUAUCGCACUCACGUUAAGCUGCGUGUGUGGGUUGACUCAGUACCUACCUUUAUAAGGUAAGCAGCGUACUGUAAGCACUAAACUGCUAGGAGGCGUGGCAGAGGGUAAGUGAAGGAGAAAAGAUAGUUCACUCUUGAAUAUUUUAUGAAUAAUUCUUUUUUCUUACUUAUAGAAACCUCUACGAACGAGAGAUAAAUAUUUUCUUAACUUAGGGGAAUUCAAAUGGUGUAAGAGUUAAACUCGCAAUAAAAGGUGUCUUAAGUUAGAGAAAGAAGAUCUUCCUUUUUCGCCCUCAAGAAAAAAGAGGGAUAUGCUCUACAGAACUCUUGUUUCUUUUUUUUUUAUUGCAGUGGGAGCCUUAAUUAUUCAAAGGCUGUUGUCUGUAAUAGUUGAAGAAGGAGAGAACGUCACCCUGGAAAAUGGGAGCCUUACAAUACUCAAAGUAGAAAAAACAGAUGGCGGGACGUAUGCAUGUACUACAAAGAAUCUCCUUGGACAUGACACCACAAUCGCACAGGUGACCGUGAUCGACAGACUUAAAUUUACCCUGACUAACUAA